AUGGCGAAAUUCCCCGAGAUUCAAGGGGGAGGCUCGCUGAUUGUAGCCUGGCAGGUCAAGAACAAGCGUGUACUGGUGGUAGGAGGUGGAGAGGUCGCCGCAGGGCGAAUUGUUCACGUACUCAAUGCGGAUGCCCAAGUGACUGUCGUCUGUCCCACCACCGGCCUCAACGAGGAAGUCGCGUAUCGCGUCGCCGAAAAGCAAGUCGCCCAUAUCGAUCGCAACUUCGAGCCAUGCGACCUUGACUCGGCAGAUAUGGUACUGUGCGCCAUUGACGACCCAGAGGCCUCAACUCAGGUCUGGAAGCUUUGCAAAGAGCGACGGAUCCCGGCAAAUAUUGCAGAUGUACCGCCCGAGUGCGAUUUCUACUUCGGCAGCAUACACCGCGAUGGGCCGCUACAGGUGAUGGUUAGUACCAAUGGCAAUGGCCCGAAGCUGGCCAGUCUGGUGCGGAAGAAGAUCGCCGAGACCCUCCCGAGUAACAUGGGGGCAGCAAUCGAGAAUGUGGGCAAGUUACGAAAGAAAUUGCGCGAGGUUGCGCCGAAUGCAGAUGAAGGUCCGAAGCGCAUGAAAUGGAUGUCUGGAGUUUGUGAAUCGUGGAGCUUGGACGACCUUGUACAAAUGACCGGGCAUGAUAUGGACGGGCUACUCACCCACUACCAAUCGGGCAACAUCCCUUCCCUUCAGCAAGUACGGCAUUGA